AUGCGCGUUUCCGCAAUCUUCGCUAUCAUCUCUGCAUUGAGCAUGACUGCUCUGGCUCUUCCUGCACCUGUCCCUGAGGACCUCGACAUUGCUGAGGUAAAUGCCGACCUCGCGGCUCGGGAUGCGCACGCGGAAGCUAUCCCCGAUGAUUUCGCUGGUGACCUUGCUGAUCUGGAUGACGACGACGAUGUUGAUGGGUUCAAUGGGAAUCCUGCUGGUGCAUUUCAAAAGAGAGGCUGGAGCUGUGGCUUCUUUGGUGGAAAUGACGAGCCAUGCCACCAGCACUGCAAGAGCAUCAGGGGCUACAGAGGUGGUUACUGCAGUUCGGGGGUAUCUGCAAGUGCUACUGAACUGGUUUCGAUACCCACUAGCGGGCUCAUGAUGAACGAAGCAGUGAGAAAAUAUGGCAUGCUUCUAGAAGGAAAAAAAUAA